GCGGCUUCAGGUCGAACCUCAGGGCUCGCCCCGCCAUUCCGUCGGCCCCCACCCCGCUGGGCCCCCGCCCCCUUCCCCUUUGCAGCUCUCCUGCGCCGGGCCGGUGCUGUGGGCGCUCGCGCGGCGUGGUGCGGGUGUGCGCAGGCGCGGCGGGGGCGCUUCGCCCCGCUGGGUGGGCGUCGGAGCCCGGGAGCGCGCGGGCGAGACCAUGGCGGGCAGCGGCGCGGGGGGCGGUGGUGGGGAGACGAAGGUGAUUUACCACCUGGACGAGGAGGAGACUCCCUACCUGGUGAAGAUCCCCGUGCCCGCCGAGCGCAUUACCCUCGGCGAUUUCAAGAGCGUCCUGCAGCGGCCCGCGGGCGCUAAGUACUUUUUCAAGUCUAUGGAUCAGGAUUUCGGAGUGGUGAAGGAGGAGAUUUCGGAUGACAACGCCCGCCUUCCCUGCUUCAAUGGAAGGGUGGUGUCCUGGCUAGUGUCGUCAGAUAACCCCCAACCUGAGAUGGCUCCCCUGGCCCACGAGCCCCGGACAGAACUUGCACCGCCCCCCGCACCGUUACCCCCUGUACCCCCAGAGAGGACCAGUGGCAUUGGGGACUCCAGGCCUCCAUCCUUCCACCCCAAUGUGUCCAGCAGCCGGGAAAACCUGGAGCCUGAGACAGAAACAGAGUCAGUUGUGUCUCUGCGGCGGGAACGGCCUCGCAGGAGAGACAGCAGUGAGCAUGGCGCGGGGGGCCACAGGCCCAGUGGCCCCUCACGACUGGAGCGCCACCUGGCUGGGUACGAGAGCUCCUCAACCCUGAUGACCAGCGAGCUGGAGAGCACCAGCCUGGGGGACUCGGACGAGGAGGACACCAUGAGCAGGUUCAGCAGUUCCACGGAGCAGAGCAGUGCCUCCCGCCUCCUCAAGCGCCACCGGCGGCGGAGGAAACAGCGGCCACCCCGCCUGGAGAGGGCCUCCUCCUUCAGCAGCGUCACCGACUCCACCAUGUCUCUCAACAUCAUCACAGUCACCUUGAACAUGGAGAAGUACAACUUCCUGGGCAUCUCUAUCGUGGGCCAGAGCAACGAGCGGGGCGACGGUGGCAUCUACAUCGGCUCCAUCAUGAAGGGCGGUGCCGUGGCGGCUGACGGGCGCAUUGAGCCAGGGGACAUGCUGCUGCAGGUGAACGACAUGAACUUCGAGAACAUGAGCAAUGACGACGCGGUGCGGGUGCUGCGGGAUAUCGUGCACAAGCCAGGCCCCAUCGUGCUGACGGUGGCCAAGUGCUGGGAUCCCUCUCCCCAGGCCUACUUUACUCUUCCUCGAAACGAGCCCAUCCAGCCCAUCGACCCUGCUGCCUGGGUGUCCCAUUCCGCUGCGCUGACGGGCACCUUCCCAGCCUAUCCGGGCUCCUCGUCCAUGAGCACCAUGACGUCGGGCUCCUCCCUGCCUGAGGGCUGCGAGGGCCGGGGUCUCUCCGUCCACACGGACAUGGCGUCUGUGACCAAGGCCAUGGCAGCCCCGGAAUCUGGGUUGGAAGUUCGGGACCGCAUGUGGCUCAAGAUCACCAUCCCUAACGCCUUUCUUGGCUCGGACGUGGUCGACUGGCUCUACCACCAUGUGGAAGGCUUCCCCGAGCGGCGGGAGGCCCGCAAGUACGCCAGUGGGCUUCUCAAGGCCGGCCUUAUCCGACACACCGUGAACAAGAUCACUUUCUCCGAGCAGUGCUAUUAUGUUUUUGGGGACCUCAGCGGCGGCUGCGAGAGCUAUCUUGUCAACCUGUCUCUGAAUGACAACGAUGGCUCCAGUGGGGCGUCGGACCAGGACACUUUGGCUCCUCUGCCCGGGGCCACCCCCUGGCCCCUGCUGCCUACUUUCUCCUACCAGUACCCGGCCCCGCACCCAUACAGCCCCCAGCCACCGCCCUACCAUGAGCUCUCCUCCUACACCUAUGGGGGUGGCAGUGCCAGCAGUCAACACAGUGAGGGGAGCCGGAGCAGUGGGUCAACGCGAAGCGACGGGGGGGCAGGACGUACAGGGAGGCCAGAGGAGCGGGCCCCUGAGUCCAAGUCCGGCAGUGGCAGUGAGUCCGAGCCCUCCAGCCGCGGGGGCAGCCUCCGGCGGGGCGGGGAUCCUAGCGGGGCUGAUGGGGGCCCUCCGCCUUCCAGAGGCUCGUCAGGGGGUGCGCCUAAUCUCCGAGCCCAGCCUGGGCUCCAUCCUUAUGCACCGCCCCCCGGGACAGCCCUCCCCUACAACCCCAUGAUGGUGGUCGUGAUGCCCCCACUUCCACCCCCCAUCCCUCCAACGGUGCAGCCCCCGGGGGCCCCUCCAGUCAGAGACCUGGGUUCUGUGCCCCCCGAACUGACAGCAAGCCGCCAAAGCUUCCACAUGGCCAUGGGCAACCCCAGUGAGUUCUUUGUGGAUGUCAUGUAGAGUGCACAUUGGGGGCCGUGUCAGGUCUCCUCCCUCCGCCCAUCUGGUCUGUGUUUGGUGCUUCUGCCCAUCCUGUGCCCUGCCCACCACGGGGUUUGCCACUGUGACUCUCACCUGCAGUGCCUGGUCCCUCCCCUGCUCUUGGGGGUGUACAAGGGACCUUUGGUUAUUUUUAGCUUUAUUGUUUUUAUAAGCCUUGGGGGGGGGUUGAGAUAGACUUUCAUAUUUUUGGACUAUUUUUUUAGUAGACGUUUCUCUUUUUAUAUGAAGAACCCCUGUCUCCCGGGCCCCUUCUAACCCCAGAAUGUGACCUCCUGCUCUGCCCACCCCGUCAGCUGUGUCCUGUGCAGGGCGGGGGCUGGGCAGUGGUACCCUGGGAGGAGGACGGGGCGGGCACCCCAGCCGGCAGUCAGACGAAGCUGGGGUGCUGGUGCUGGGGCCCACGUAGCUGCUUUUGUUACUCUAUUUAUUUAGUCGUCACUUGUAUAAAACAAAUAAAGCAAUAGGGGCAAACUCUC